CUUUCAAGACGUUAAUGCGAGCUCUCUGCACGUCCAGCCUCAUCUGAUCACGACAAGAUGGAGUCAGCUUUUCGUCUCUUUGUGCUCCUCGGCUUGAGCUGUGGACUGUGGAUGGGAGCAGAUGCAAAAUGUGACAAAAAAGGAGAUUGCUGUAUGGUCUGCCCUGAAGGUUGGCUUGAGCUGAACUCCCGCUGUUUUAAGUUCAUCUUCAAUGAAAAGGACUGGGAUGAUGCUGAGGACAGCUGCAUUGAACAAGGAGGAAAUCUGGCUUCCAUCCAUAGCGAUGAGGAUUACAAUGCACUCAGGAAUUUGGUGAAAACGUCGACAGGAAUCGAUAAACAAACUUGGGUGGGCGGAUAUGAUGCAGUCAAGGAGGCUUGUUGGAGGUGGUCUGAUGGCUCAUCUUUUAAUUUUGACAACUGGGGCCCUAAAGAGCCAAACAACUUUGGCAAGGGCGAACACUGCCUGGAGCUGAACUUUAACAAGAAAGACUGGGGCAACGACUGGUACUGUAGUUACAAAAGAUCCUACAUCUGUGGAAGGGACAAGGUGAAGGCGAACCAGGACUGAGAAAGUAGCAUCUCCAGCUAACCAUCUAAGAGGCCACUUCACUGUCUCUGCGAGGCCUGGAUGACAAAAGUGGUUGAAGAUUUAUUGACAUGAUGAUUUACUGAAUGUUUCAAUAAACCAAAUCUCACCAAGCAGUAA